UCUUCCUCCAAUGUCAUAAACCUUCUUCCAAUUCCUCAAUCCUUCUUCGCCUCACCAUGGCAUCCUCCACAGCCAUCGACGCCCGGCCACCAUCAUCCCCCACACACAAACACAAUGCCAUCACCACUACAGAAGAACAACACCCGCUCCCAGAGCGUCCCGAAGACACUCUCCGCCGCGCCCUCUCCGCUCGCCAAGUCCAAAUGUUCUCGUUUGCCGGCGUCAUCGGCACCGGGCUCUUCAUCGGCACCGGCAAGGCCCUCGAGACAGGCGGCCCCGGCUCCCUGCUCGUCUGCUACACCGUCGUCGGCGCCAUUGUCUACCUCACCAUGCUCUCGCUCGGCGAAAUGGCCGCCUACAUGCCCAUCUCCGGCAGCUUCUGCACCUUCUCGAGCCGCUUCAUCGACGACGCCUUUGGCUUCACCAUGACGUGGAUCAGCUGGUUCGCCGCUCCCGUGUCCAUGGCUGCCGAUCUCGUUGCACUGCAGAUCCUCAUCAAGUACUGGACGCUCGACUUCCCCGGCUGGCCUGUCAGUCUUGCUGUCCUUGUGGCGCUUGUUGCGGCCAAUUUGAUCUCGGUCCGGCUGUACGGCGAGAUCGAGUACUGGCUUGGUCUGCUCAAGGUUGUCACGGUGGUUAUCUUCAUGAUUGUCGGCAUCGUUGUCAAUGCCGGCGCAAAUACUGACCAUCACUAUAUUGGCGGCGAGAACUGGCGUGUUCCGGGAGGACCGUUUGUCGGCGGCGCAGGUGGGCUUGCAUCGGUGUUUGUGUCGGCGUCGCUGGCGUAUAGCGGCACCGAGAGUAUUACGUUUACGGCGGGCGAGACGAAGAAUCCGACAAAGACGAUCCCACGGGCCAUUAAGAAUGUGUUUUGGCGCGUGCUGCUGUUCUAUGUCGUGUCAGUGUUGCUGAUUGGCCUCAAUAUAUCGUACCUGGACUCGCGGCUGCUCAACAAGGAAAAGAUCCUCCGCUCGCCGUUUACCAUUAUUCUCGAAAUGGCCGGUGCCCGCGCCGCAGGCAGCUUUAUCAACGCCGUCAUCUUCACCAGCGCCGUCUCGGCUGGCAACCACUCCAUCUACAUUGGCGGCCGACUGCUCUACACACUCGCCAUCAAGGGCGAGGCACCCUGCGUCUUUGCCAAGUUGACCAAGAAUAAAGUCCCGUGGGCGUCUCUUCUAGCAACGGCCUUUGUAUCAUGCCUCUGCUUUGCCUCUAGUUUUGUCGGAUCCGGCCAGCUCUGGAUCUGGCUACAAAAUCUUCUCGGAGUAUCAGGCCAGAUCAACUGGGUCGUCAUUGGCGUCUUGUCGAUCCGCUUCCGCGCCGCUCUCAAAGUGCAAAAGAAGACGCAUCUGUUGCCCUUCCGCAACUGGACGUACCCCGUCGGUCCGUGGAUCUGCGUGGUCCUCAACACUUUUAUUCUGCUGGUCCAGGGCUGGACAUGCUUCACGCCUAAAUUCGAUGCCGUCAACUUUGUCAGCUUCUACAUCCAGCUGCCUGUCAUGCUCCUGUUGUUUGUGAUUCGCAAGGUAUGGAAGAAGACCAGGGCAGCCAGGAUUUCCACCAUGGACCUUGACACAGACGCCAUGACUAUUUCGGAUGCGGAAGAAGAGAAUCCACCCAAGGAUAAAAUGGAGAGAAUGUUAAAUUGGUUCUUCUAAUGGCCAACCACGUACGUGGCCCGCUGCGCCCCUAAGCGCCCGCUUGUACCAGGCAGGGGCAGAUAGAUGUAGACCUGGGUGCGUUGCAUGUAUCCACGGAUUGCAACUGUAUCCAUGUGGCCUCUUUUUGAAAUAUAUUAGUCAAAUUUACAAUGCAGAUAGACUCGAAUACUGUAUUACACCAACCACUGAGAGCCUGUUGGGCUGGAAUGCAGUGGUUUUCUUUUGCCCGUCUUAUUUCCAGCUGUGGCGCUCAGCCAAUCACAUGCGUGACACGCUAAAUACUCAACUCAGUCCAGACCCAUUCCAGCCAAAAACUCCAUCAAC